AUGAUAUCUAUUGUGUCACAAACUCCUUUUCCGGAUAAUGAUACAAGAAAUAGAUUAAGAAGAAAAAGUGAUUCAAAGAAACAUCAGUCUAUUAUACAAAAUGUUAAAGGGGCUGCAGCAACUACUUCGAGAUCGACUGAUACUGAUGAUUCAUCUAAGGAAGAGAAAAAUGUAGAAAAUAAGGAAUCCCACAAAAAAUAUUACCACACCGUGACAGAAAAGAAAGUGUCGUCACUGCAGGAGAUAUUUAGACCACUCGAGGAAAACAAAGUGCCAGAGUCGGUAAGGGAAAACGACAAUGAGGUUAUUUCCAUAGAAGUGCCAAAUUUAAUAGUGCAAACCGUACCUGAGGCUGAUGAAGCCACGUCGAAAUCAAACAGCGCUGCUGAUAACACUUCUGUGGAUGCGACUAUUGCGAACGACGGCGAUUUAGAUACCGAUGUAGAAGACAAUAGUAACAAUUCGAACACAAAUGUUUGCUCACACAGAACUGAGCGAAUUGAUGUUUCGGUCGAUCGUAAUAAUUGUAAUGUAGACCUGCAGAAA